CCCAACACAAAACCUCAAGCUUUUCACUUCAAUUUUUGUGUGGGAUCUACUGUGUUUUUGGUGUGGUUGUUGUGUUUUCUCUCUCAUGGCUUCAAGAAGGGGCGGAAGCAAAAGGAAACAGAUUGGAAGUUCUAGUGCUGGAGGACAAGCUCAAGAGGAAGUGGGGUCCUUUGCACCAGAAAAUAGAGCACUACAGUGGAUUGUAUCUCGCAUUAUUGCUCAAAGAAAGGGGUCAAAAUCUUUUGUAUUUGCUAGUGAUCUUCCCUGGUUCAACUAUCUUCUUAACGGAAAAAGGGUGAAUCUUGGAAGAUUCAUUUUCCGGAGCUUAAUCAAGAAUUACUCCUCUGAUAUGGGUCUUCCGCAUGGUGCAUUGAUUACUAGGCUAGUAAAAAGGAACAACAUUGAUCUUGAAUCUUUUAAGCAUGGGAUAAUUAAAGCUGGAACUACUCUCUCUAAAGCAUCCUUUGAGAAAAUGCAAUAUGAGUUUCGGAAUGGUAGUUGGAGGAAGCAAGGGCAUCAAGCAAUGGAACAGCAAAGUGAUGAAGAAGAAGAUGAUGCGGAUCAAGAAAUGGCAGAACAGGGGGAAGAAGAACGUGGAGGUGAUAGCCCAAGACCCUUUCAAGCCUCCAUGCAAAGGACAAAUCGCGAAACCAUGGAGCUAAUGAUAUUUGAGAUGCGGCAGCUGCACACCAACUUCUAUGGUUUCUGGAAAGAAAGAGAGGGAGAAUGGAUACCAUGGAUGGAAAGCUUGAUCAGCUUGUUAACCAUUUUUUUCCUCCACCCUCACCUAGUGCCACCUAACUUGAUAUUUCUUUAGUAUUGGCUAAUUUUUAGGAUGGACAUCUUAGGCUUAUGCAUGUUAAGUUUAUUUAUGUUUUUCUUUAUCUUGAACCUUUUAUCAUAUAUUAUGAAUUCUCAUGGCACUUGACUUUGGUAUGAUAUAAUCUUUGUGGUAUAACUUGUGUUGAUAUUGGCAUGACUUUUGGUAUUGAUUGUCUAUGAUUUUGAUGAUUAUAUGCUUUUAUUGAGGGGGAGUUUAUUGGUUGAUGAUUGUAUUCAUGACUUUGGUUGUCUAUGGUGCUAUAUUGAUGAUGAUUGAUGAUUAUAUUCAUUACAUAUUGUUGAUGCUUUAAAGGUUGAUAGCAUGAAUUAAGGGGGAGUUUAUUGCUUAUGUUUAUAUACUUUUUGAUGAAUGACAAAAAGGGGAAGAAAGUAUGCUGAAUUCU